UUCUAAAAUUCAUCCAACUUCAACAAGAGUUUGCUUUCUCGAUACAAAAGUAGAGAUUCUUCCAUCUAAUCUAACCAUGGAUUAGUUCCCUUCUUUUUUGACUUUCUUUCCCCUCAAGAAUCUUGGUUUUACGAUAAAAAGAUCAUCCAUAUCAUGAAUUCUUCAUAAAAUAAAAACAAACCCAAGCUUCUUUAAUGGCUUCCUGCUGCAAUCCUGAUAUUUUUACCUGGAUUCAAAGCCUUCCUCCAAUUACUCAAUGGAGAGCAGGUUCCAUGUCUAUUUGUAUAUGUUCUUCACCAACUUCAUCCCAUCCAUCACUCAACUUCUCCGUUACCAAAAACCUGGACAACUCAUCUCUUUCAAUCUCCAUAUUUGCUGAUUUCAAUCUCCCCGUUCCUCUUUGGGCUUCAAAACCCUUAACCAUCAACUCAAAAUCCUCGAAAUUAUUUGAUGAAGCAACCAUUUCUUGCCUCACAAUCAAUGUCAUCAAAGAUGUUCUUAACUACGGUUCAAACAAGAAGAACCCCUUGAUUCGAUUCCCGAAACUCGAAUCUAUUUCGGGUUUCAAAGACAUCUUCAACCUCGCAUUUCUAACACUUGCACUUCUUAUUUGCAUAUACGAAGCUCCGGCUGAUCUCCGGUCAGCUUGUCUCAACAGUUUGAAGAAUCAGCUAACUAGUUGUCAAUCGAGGGUGGCGUCCAAAUCGCUGAUGAAACUCUUGGGAUCAAACUUAGAGGAGCAAUGGAUGCGGUCCUUGAACCUCGCGAUCACUAAUUGGAUCGCUGAGAUUCAAGCGAUUCACCGAGGGCUGAUGAUGAAGACGCCAUCGCCGUUGUUUUCGUAUGCGAUUGCGACGUUUGGAUUCUGGAAAGUUCAACUGUAUUGUCCUGUGAUGGCCAUGGAUUUGGUGAAUUCAAGCAAUCCUUGUGCUGAUGAGAGGCUGCUUUUCUCUCUUAACUACCACCAGCUUGAAGGGGUUAUCCAAUUUAAUUAUAAGGUCAUUGUGCAAGAGAAGUGGGUCGAUGUGAUGGUGAACAUAGAUAACAUAAGAUGUGAUAUAAAGCGGCUUGUAAACGAGACUCUACUGAACGAACGAGGAGUAGGGGCGGACGACAAGCAUUUCCCGUCGCGAAUAUCGUUGCAGUUAACCCCAACAAUCCAGUGCAACAUAUUAAGUGUCUCGGUAAGCAAAUCGACUGACAAUCCGACAAGAGAAAUAGGGUUAGAAAGAAGCAUAGAGACCUCAUUUGAUCCUCCAAACACUUUCUUGGGACUCAAGGUAUCCGCGGGAGAGACGACAACGGUGAGCAUGAAACCAUGGAAGUUUGAGCAAUCCGUCGAUGGCUACAGCGGGACAUUGCAUUGGUUUCUCCAUGACAGUAUUGAUGGAAGGGAAGUGGUGUCGUCGAGACCUUCCAAGUUGUCUCUGAUUAAUCCCAAGGCUUGGUUCAAAGAUCGGUACUCGAGCGUUUAUAGGCCUUUCACGAGGCAGGGAGGGGUGAUUUUUGCUGGGGAUGAUUAUGGGGAAAGAAUUUGGUGGAAAGUUGACAAGAGUGCUAUGGGGAAGACAAUGGAAUGGGAAAUUAGAGGAUGGAUAUGGGUUACAUAUUGGCCUAAUAAGCAUAGAACAUUUUAUACUGAAACUAAGAGGUUGGAAUUCGGAGAAAUCCUUCAUCUCAACAUUUGUUAGCUCACUAGAAUCCCAAAUUUAGUUUAAUUAAGCAUAACAUAUUGUAGAUUUGAAAUUCUUCACAUUUACAUUUUAUGGAUUGCAAUCUUCUUUGCUGGCAAAGUGACUGUUAACAAACUAAAAAGCUUAUUUGUGUA